GAAGAAGAAGUCAAAAGUGACGCGAGGUUUGAUCCACGAAAAAGUUCUCGUGUGUUGUGCUGCAAAUUUUGCAAAUAUUCGAAAAAUUGUGCAAAGUAACUGGGUAAAAAUAGUCAAAUCGUGUGCAUAAGUGCAGGGUGCGCGUCGGUCGUGUGAAUUUCCGUGAAUUGCGUGUGUUUUUCACGGUGAAAAUCACGUUUGAAGGUGGUGGCAUUUUCGGUGACGGAAAAAUCCAACAUGGCGCCCCUGCCGGAGGAUGAAGUUACGCUGCGGCUCGAGUACUGGGCGGACGAGCUGAGCCCGGCGCAAAAGGCCGCCUACGAGAAGGCCGAAAAGGAGCACAACGACAUUCGGAGCAAGCUGAAGGACAUUGUGAAGGAGGCGGGUGGGAAGAACAUCUUCUCGGGGGAGGUGUUUACGGCGUACCAGGUGCUGGGGCCGGUUCCGGGGCUGGAGCAGAUCUCGAAACCGAUUACGUCGCUGGCGAAGAAGAAGCCACCGCCGGUGGUGACGCCAUCGAGUUCCUCGAAGCGGAGUGCUUCGCCGGCGCUCGAGAGUGGCAAGCGCAAGAGUCGCCGGUCGGAGUACAAAGCGGACGAUGAUGCGGAUGCGGGGGCUGAUUUUGCCGCGGACGAUGAUGAUGAGGAGUACAUUCCGCUGUCCAAGCGGCUGGAGAUGAAGAAGAAGGCGGCGAAGGAGGCUGCCGCGAAGGAAUCGCUGAAGAAGAAGGACGACAAGAAACUGCCGGAUAAGAAGGCGGUGGUGCCGGAAGUUAAGACGCCGAAAAAGCCGGAGAAACCUCAAAGCAUCACUGCUAGUAAUGUACGACCGACGGAGGCCACUUCGAUUGGAGGGCUGUUGGUUGGUGGGGACAAGGAGAAGAAGAAGGUUACGGCAGAGCCGACGGCCAUCGUCGAUUUGACCAAGGAUGAUUCGGGUAAACCGAUUGCUGAUUCUCGGGAAAUUUCGUUCAGUAAGAUCCAGGGGAAGACGUUCCCCUCGUUGGUGGUCAUUGCUCGUCCCUCGCUGCGUUCGGCGGAUAAGGUUCCGGCGGAUCGACCUCAGUUGGACGCCAAGGUCAAGAACGUGUUGAUGCACACGGCCACCAAGUUCACGGAAUGGUUGAUUCAGCAGGGUUUGGUCAAGUCGGAACAGUAUUGUCAAAUCCAUCGUGGAACGCCGCUGAAGCUGGGAAUGUACUCGGACGCGUCCAAGUUUGCCUACUCGGGCGGUUACGUCUGGAUCAGCGAGUGCUGUCCGACGCGGUUCAUCUCCGUGUUUAACGGAUCCCAGUUCGAGGGAUCUCCGCAUCCGCCAUCCGUCAUCCUGAAGCUGAUUUACCACUGGAGCUGUCAGACGAACGUGUCGAACGUGGUCAACUGGGUCAAGGUGGACAACCUGUACGUGAAGGGACUGUACACGUGGCUGCGAUCGAUCUGCACCGUGGCCCUGUGCCAGCACAUGAAGCUGCUCGGUGGAAUUGGGAAGAAGAUCGAGGUGGGCGUGAUCUCGCUCGGCACGACUACACAGGACGGACAACAACGGCAAGUUAAGGUGGAGGUGCUUGGCGUGCUCGACCCGGAAGCUAAGCUGGUUCGACUGCGUGCCGUUGAACCGUUGAGCGAUGGCGAACGGAACUACAAGAAGCGCUUCUCGAAGAUUUUGGAACCGCUCAGCGGUUGGGUGCACAAGGACAGUGUCAUCCUGACGGAUCUUACGGUCGACAAGGGCACCCUCAACAACAUGGGCUACAAGAUCGUCCAGCAGGUGUCGCCGACGGACUCGAACAGCAAGCACAGCAACGCCAACAUCAUGGACUAUCUGCGCCGCAUCGUGCCGCGGAUGUUCCAGAACACGCUGUCGCUGCUGUCGCGCCAGAUCAUCCAGCAGUUCCUGAACGAGCUGGUGUGGCGCGAGACGUACGGCAACUCGCCGGGCCAGGCGUUCGACACGAUCGUGGCGCACAUUGCCGAGCAGACCAAGAUCGAAACCAAGGACAAUCUGGUGACGCGGUUGAAUAAGGCCGCAGCGGAUCCCUUCAAGCACUGGACCUACCCGGUCGAGGUGCACAGCUCGCCCGUCAAGUCAGCCUACACCGGAGCCAAGCGGGGACGCAAGCCCAAGGAACAAUCUCCUCCUCCGCCGGCGCCGGAGGCUCCGAAAAAGAUUCUCCUUAAAAAGCUUAAAAAGGAAGAGGAAAAAACGGCUGCUGCAGCGGCGGCGGCCGCGGCCGCUUCUUCCUCCAAGAAGUCCCGCGUCGUCGUCCACGAGGAAAAGGAGGAGCAGAUUCCGCUAGAGACGUACUACUACGGCCAGCUGGAACCGGCCGGUGGCGAGGUCAAGGAGGGUGCCGAACCGUCCGACUUUAGCGUGACCUGUCCGGAGUGCCCGACCACGUUCCGCAACAACGUCGACUUCCAGGACCAUCUGUUCCGUCACGCGAACCCGCUGCCGGACGGCCAAGUCCAGUGUCGCUACUGCCUGGAGAACUGGGCCAACGAGGAAGCGCUCAAGAAGCACACGGUGCUAAUUCAUUCGCUCGAGACGAAGAACUCGGUGGCCUCCACGUACAACUGCUUGAUCUGCGAGCAACGCUUCGGAACGACCCAGAUGCUGGCGUCCCAUCUGCAAAAGCUGCACCUGCAGAACGAGAUGCCGUACAAGUGUGCCGGAUGUGACUUUAAGAGUUCCUCGCACCAUCUGACCAUCAACCACUUCUACAAGAAGCACAACGCCUCCGGCCUGAUCCAGUGUCCGUUCUGUCUCAAGAUGACGCUGGUUUGUAACGCGGACGGCCCCAUCGCGGAGAACGUGACCGAUUUCAUGAAGCACCUGAAGGCGCACUUCAACAAGACCAACGCGAAAAAGUGUCCCAAGUGCGCGCUGCAGUUUUUGACCAAGGGGGCGCUCAAGGUGCACGCGCUGUUUGCGCACGUGCCCGCCAAGGCGUCCGGCGUCAAGCCCAUCACCAAGUCGGCGACCAACGUGGCGAAGCCGAAGCACAAGGCAAUCGUGCAGAAAGAUUUGGCCACCUUCAUGACGCUGGAAUCGUACGGCAGCGUAACGCUGAACAUGGCCUGCGGCAAAAUCUGCCUCGAGUGUGACAAUGAUUUUGACGAGGAUAACCACAUCAUUGGCUUGCUAAAGUGCGUCAAGUGCACCUACCGUACGGCCUGCCUGCCGUCGAUGGUUGGCCACACGGCAUCGUGCAAUCCGAACGCGUCCUCCGACUACUCGGUGUCCGCCCUGGAGUCCGAACUCCACUGCAUCUGUGGUUUCUCAUCUUCCGAUGGAAACGCCCUGGCCCGCCAUCUGGUCACGUGCGACCGAAAGAGCGUCUACCCGACGGUGGAGGCCUGCCAGGAAAAUACGGUCAAACGCAACAUGCUCGACAUGCUCGGCUUGGUGCGUCGCGAGGACGAAGGCGCCGAAGACGAGCAGGAAGGAGGAGGAGGAGGAGGAGCUCCGUCGGGCGAGGAAGAAACAACGCCAUCGACGCCGGUCGACGCGACCGAGCAAGAUCAAUCGCAACAACAGCAGCAGCAGCAGCCGGAGGCUGGUUACUCUGGCGCGCAAACGUCCGUUGCGUACGAUCCGUCCCAGUCGCUGUACAACAUUGCCGGCACCGGGAACGAGCAGUUCAACACGCAACUCUCGCUGGACGACUUGGGACCGCCGUCGGUGGGGCCGAGUCAGCAGGAGAAUGAUCGCACGCCGCAGCUGGGUAAGGACGAUUAUCAAUCGCUGGCCACGCCACGAGUUCCCCACAUGGACACCGAUCAGGGCGAGUACGACCAGCAGGAGGGUGGAUACUAAGGGGAGGCGACGCGAGAGGUAAACUUAUUGCAACUAUAUAAACAUAUAACACUCAGAUUUAUGUAUUCAGAUAUUUCAUAAUGGAUUGACAAAAUUUAAUCCAACGAUAUUGAGGAGUUCACACACUAACAUAGAUUUUAGACGUGCAUGGGAAGAUGGAACUAUAAAAUAUAUAUGAUUUAUACUACACAAUCCCCUUUACUAAACAAAAAAUAAUCAGAUGUUUACUGGAAUGUUUAACUGCUUCGAAAUAAAAAUUGCAUAGAUUUACUGUGGCAA